AUGGUGAAAACCUGCUGUGUUUACAAGUGUCAUAACAGGUUUAAUGUUGAAGCUAAGUCCAGAGGCAUAAGUUUUUUCCGUUUUCCGAAGAAUAAAAGACAGCGCAAUGCUUGGAUCAAAGCCGUGAAUAGAAAGGACUGGCUACCGAACAAUAAUACUUGGAUUUGCUCGGAACAUUUUCUUGAUGGCUGGCAUGGUUAUGAACCUACCGAUGGUAAUUAUUCUCCUACCAUUUUUGCUUACAAAGAGACGGAGAAGAACGUGUCGCAGGUUGCGAGAGAAUCUAGACAUCUAGUUCGUGAAAAGUCGCAGGAAACCUUACAUGCAGAGAAAUUAGUUAGACAACAGUACGAGAUAAAACAACAGGUAUCAUUAUUCCACCACUCAUCCUACUGUAUGGAGGUAGAAGAAAAUCCUGGUAAUGAUGAGAUGUGUGAUUUAGAUGUCAUGGAUUCAGAUGUUGAACUUCCAAGUUUGAAGAAAACAGUUGAGAGGCUACUAGUCGUAGCUACUAAUAUUUUCAUUCCUAUUCUGGUUCAUAAUGAUUAA